AUGGAUCAAUGGUUAAUACAAUUCUCCAAAUCUCAAGCAGCAAAAGAAGUGGCAGUGAUCGAACCAAUAACAAUUGUAUACAGGAAAAAGAAGGUUGAAGCUCCUCCUAGGAGGAUUCAGCCGAUUCAUUUUCGUGUUCCAACUCCGUUCCCGUAUCAGAAUACUAAGGCAGUGCCUUGGAAUUAUGAGACCAUAAUGUAUUUGGGAGGAAGAGAAAUCCGCACUUCUGACACAGGAAUCGUCAACAUUGCAGGAACGGGAGCCAUGACUCGAAGAGGCCGUGUAUUCGCUCCUAAAUACACUCCUAGGGUGUCUCCAGCACCCACAGUUAUCCCGCCUAAGGAGAAGGUCAUUCCUGCUCCGACUCCGAUCGUGACGACUGCUCAGGUGUUGACGAAGGUUAUUGACAACAAUAAAACUGCCGAGGCCGAAGCAUCCAAGGGUAAAGAGUCGAUGGUUGAGAAAGAACAGUCUGAAGAUCACAAGAAGAGUAUCACCUUUGAGGAAAGUCAGGAAUUCCUCAAACUGAUCAAGAAAAGUGACUUCAAGAUUAUUGACCAGUUCGAAAUUCUGUUGAACGAAACGCCCUCAAAAAUAUCAAUUUUGUCUUUGCUGUUGAGUUCUGAGGCUCAUCGUAAAGCAUUGCUGAAAGUUCUAAAUAUCGCUCACGUGAUGCAAGAUAUCACUGUCGAUCAAUUUGAUGACGUGGUUGCCAAUAUCACCGCCAGUAGGUAUCUGGGAUUUAGUGAAGCAGAGCUACCUCCUAAGGGAAAUGCCCACAACAAAGCACUACAUAUUUCAAUCACAUGUACUUACUCUCUCUUAUCACGAGUCCUCGUUGAUACUGGAUCUUCGCUUAACAUACUGCCAAAGUCUACAUUAGGCCAGUUACAGUUUAAGUGGCCCGAAAUAAGGACCAGUGCACUGAUCGUUAGAGCUUUCGACGAUUCCCGAAGACAGGUAAUUAGGGAGGUCGAUUUGCCUAUUUGUGUGGGACCCCACCAGUUCAACAUCACAUUCCAAAUCAUGGAUAUUAACCCAAUCUAUAGUUGUCUGUUGGGAAGACCAUUGAUUCAUGCCACUGGAGCAGUCACUUCUACAUUGCACCAGAGACUGAAAUACCUGAUAGAUGACAAACUGGUAAUUGUGUGUGGGGAAGAAGAUUUGUUGGUCAGUAAACUCUCCUCCUUGAGAUAUGUUAAAACAGAUGAGGAGAUCGUCGAGGUUCCGCUCCACUGUCUAGAAUAUGAAGAUGUUAGUUCCGCCACAGCCAACAACAAUCAAUCAUCUGCUACCAUCUUAUCCUCAAAAAAGAGUGUCAAGCAAACAUUGGAGAAAGGUCUGCUUCCUGGUUGGGGUAAGGUCGUCAAUGUGGCAGAAAAGUGUGACAUGUAUGGUAUCGGUUAUCACCCGGCAACAUGCAAGGUGCGUCCGAAGAAAAAACAAGUCAACCCAGUCAAGUUCAGCAGCGCUGGCUAUAAAAAUGAGCAUACCAUGGAAGUUAUUGGAGAAUCCAGUGGUAACAGGCCAGGGGCACCCAACCUUGUUCGUAGAUGUCCUCCAGGAUUCAAGAUUCCCAAUUGGACAACCAUCGUGAUUCCUAAGGUGUACUCAGAAAAAACAUAA